AUGGCAACUCAACCGAAGACCAUUUUGCUCCUCUGCGCGAUUCUUGCUACCGCCGCCAUCGUCGUCUCAGCUAUCUCCUGGGCCAUGACCGUGAGGUAUUCUUUGCCAUUCCCACUCGCGCUGCCCAUCAUAAAUAUUAUUCUCUCCCUUGUUGUCCCAUUUCUCGCACCAAUUAUGACGACAACCAUUGCUCAAGCUGAGAAGGGCAUUCGAGGGCUUCUGUUCUCAUAUGCCUGGUACUUCACAACCUUGAUCCCAUGGAUUCUCUUGGUAGUGGCUGCCAUGUACGGGACAGUGUCAGACAUGUCUCGCUGCGGCAUGGAGUCUCAGUGGAAACACAUGUUUCAGAGAAAAGACGAUGCCGGAAUCCGCGCUAUCCAGAAUGGCCUUCGAUGCUGUGGAUUCAAUUCUUUGCACGACCGAGCUUGGCCUUUCCCGGCCCAUGAUGUGGAUGUCAGAGCUUGUGAGCGAACGCAAGGAUACACGAACAGCUGUGCAGACCGUUGGCAAAGACAGGAGUCGACCGUUGCCGGGCUAACAGUGUUGGCAAGUAUUCUGAACUGGGUGCUGCUGCAAAUGGCGGGCAGUGGAAUCCGGUCCAGCCACCCCACGAUCAUUCCCCCAAGCACACCACGCCUGCAGGCAGAAGAAACGCGUCUGCUGCGGGAGACAGACGAAGAAAAUGAGAACAUGCGACAAGAGUACCAAGCAGCGACUGAAGAAGACUGA